AGGACAUGAACUGCAAACUUGAGAAAACUGAGUACCUGUCCAAAUCUAUCAAACAAGCAAUUUUGUGAUAUUGCAGAAACUAGCAUAAACCUGUGAUAGGACACCAUCUUGUACAAGAACGUAUCAGAUCAGAUCCAACGAAUUUGUACAAUAACUGUAACGAGAAUAAGUUGUUAACGUUACCAAAACGUUACCAAGACAAUCUGUUCGUAUCCGUGUGGUAAAUCCACUUUAUGAUGGCUGGAACUAUAGUGGUACAAGUGGGCCAGUGUGGUAACCAGUUGGGAGAUGCUCUCUUUGACAGGCUGUAUUGUGAAGCUAGUGGUUGUAAAGACAAGGAGUUCUCUUCUGCCUGUUUUAGGAGGUUCUUUUCUACUGAAACAGGAGAUAAAGUUCACGUAGCCAACGCAGUACUAGUGGACAUGGAGAGUAAAGUAAUAUCAAAAGUAAUGUCCAGACAACAAAAGAGAAGCUGGUUCUACAAUCCUAACGCUUGUGUGUCUUCUAAACAGGGAUCAGGUAACAACUGGGCUAAUGGUUACUGUAACUACGGCACUAAGAUGGAGGAGGAGAUAGUGGAUGCAGUGAGGGUGAUAUCAGAUCAGAUUACCUCCGUCUCUGUGGUCCUCAUCUUGAUGAGCUCUGCUGGAGGGACUGGAUCCGGUUUAGGCUGCAAGAUAACUGAGAUAGUCAAGGAAGUAAUACCAGGAGCACUUGUCAUUAACCAGGUGGUGUUACCGUUUACACACGGGGAGGUAGCAGUACAGAGUUACAACAUGCUUCUCACACUCUCCUCACUUUACCAGAACUCUGACUCCAUCAUACUCUCUCACAACGACCAGUACCAGGCACUCGCCAGAAGACUGCUCCCAGCCCGUUCCGGAGACAGUGUGUCCUUCUCUGAGAUAAACUGUCUUAUCUCUGCUCACAUGGCCGGGUUACUCCUACCUAGUAAUACCAUAUCUGGGGAGGAGGAGAAGGGAGAGGAGGUGACAUCCCAGCUCAUAGAGCUAGAUCAAGUAGUGGAGCACCUGGUUCCACACCCAGGAUACAAACUACUGACCACGCGGAUGAUGCCAGUUGUUAGUGACUACUGUAGAGAGUUCACCAACACUUCAUGGGAGAUGUUAGGAAAGUACUCCAGACAAAUGUUACUACAAAACAGUAUACUUGACGAGAAGCUGACCUGGUCGGUGAAACCCCGCUCGGAAUUGAAGACGUCCAACUGGAGGGUGUCCCUUAACACGUGUAUCAGUAACCUGGUGGUUUGUAGAGGAACAGGAUCACGUAUCCCUCAUAUUCAGGAAAAGUUUACUGUAGCAGACAUUUACCUGAGAGAAAAAGUGAGAUGUAUGUUUGGAUACUCUUCCUCUCCAUUCGAAAAACUUGAAAAGUCCAUGUUUGUACUGAGCAAUGCGGAGAAAAAUGGAGAUUUUCUCGAACAACUCAUCCAAGAAUCGUGGGCUAAAUUUCAAGCCAAAGCGUUUUUGUACCAAUACGAGAGUUUUGGUCUGGGUGCCGAUUGGUUUAACGAGAGCUUUGACAUUGUGCAGAAAGUAGACCAGGAUUACAGAUACAUAUCUUACUCGGAAUGAGAUUAUUCGUUCGAGGACAUCAGGUUUCUACGGUGAAAUAAAAUACAGAAGAAGCCAUCCUACACUAAAAAAUAGUAGUGUAUAUUGUUCUUGGUCAUAAUUUACUUCUGCCCUGGAUUCACAUUCACUUCACACAAAGCAUGAGAUCAGAAACCCAGACAAGAGUCUCUGAAAGAGAUAUGUUUCUUAAUGAUAGACUGAUUUAGAUAUAGAAAUUUAAGUCAAUUUGUUUUUUACUGCAUAAUUUAGGUAGUUCGUUACGUUUAUACCUACCAAAUUGAUAUUAUUUUCUC